CAAACGCAUAGAGCCUAACACCUGCCAGACUAUUUUACUAUUUUAAGUGUUAAUAUUUCCUGGAUUUGUCUAUGCCUGGAUUUGUCAUUCCGGAGUUUUCAGAGGAAGAUGACUUAAAUGAAAACGUGAGAGAUUUCUAAAGCAUCACGUAAUUUCCAUGCAUGUAAUUUGAGGAAAAGUGCUCUCUUUGCAUGAAGCAAACUUUUUGACAACUUGCGAAACCUUACCAAGCUGUGGGUCUACGUGAAGCAGUAUUACACGUUUACAUUGCCUACGGUGAUACACAUGUUCUACUAUUAGUUUGGAGGCAGAUUUCAAACGUUAUCAUUUUCGGAAGGCUAAACAACGCCACAGAAUGUGACAUCUACUGUCUAUCGACGACGCCGACUGAGCAUACCUGCAUUGCAAGACUCCAAAGGUUAACGCUGCCGUCAUUGCUAUGGAGACCACCCAAGCCCUCUUCUUUCUCCUGAGUUUAUGUGUCUACAGUUGCCAUGCCGACGCUCGGACUGCUCCCAGAGUGCAUUUGUCUUACAAAGAGCUGAUGGAGACGCGGACGGCACGGCCCUUCUCCUUCUCCUUCAACACCAGUGACUACCGCAUCCUGCACAUGGACCAGGACCAGGGCCGUCUCUACCUGGGCAGCCGGGAGUACCUGGUGGCCCUGGACAUGCACAACAUCAACAAGGAGCCCCUCAUAAUUCACUGGCCGGCCACUACCCAGAGGAAAGGAGAGUGUAGAAUGACUGGAAAGGGUGGGCAGGGGGAGUGUGCAAACUUUGUGCGUCUGAUUGAACCCUGGAAUCGCACACACCUAUACACCUGUGGCACAGGGGCCUAUAAGCCUAUCUGCACCUUCAUCAACAGAGGAUGGAGAGCAGAGGAGUACCUAUUUAGGUUGGUCCCUGGCUACGGGGACUCGGGGAAAGGGAAAUGCUCAUAUGACCCUCGACAGGAGAACGCUGCGGCCCUUAUCAAUGGGAAUCUGUAUGCAGGGGUCCACGUUGACUUCAUGGGCACGGACCCGGCCAUCUUUAGAACCCUGGGGGACAGACCUGCUGUCAGGACGGAGCAAUAUGACUCCCGCUGGCUGAAUGAGCCAGUGUUUGUUAAGAUCCAGCAGAUUCCUGACAGCUCCGAGAGGAAUGAUGAUAAACUCUACUUCUUCUUCCGGGAGAAGAGUCUGGACGGUGCCGGGGGGGCCAGCCCCAGUGUCCUGGCCAGGGUGGGCCGAGUAUGCCUGAAUGAUGAUGGGGGUCAGAGGUCACUGGUCAACAAGUGGACGACCUUCCUGAAAGUUCGGCUGGUGUGCUCAGUGAUAGGGAGCGAUGGUGUGGAGACCUAUUUCGACGAGCUGAAGGAUGUCUUUAUUCAGCCAACACAAGACCUUCGCAAUCCUGUCGUGUACGCCGUCUUUUCCACUGCGGGUUCUGUGUUUAAGGGCUCAGCCGUGUGUGUCUACUCUAUGUCCGACAUCCGCAAUGUCUUCAAUGGCCCUUUCUCACACAAGCACGGACACAACUACCAGUGGACCCCAUACACUGGAAAGAUCCCCUACCCUCGCCCUGGAACAUGUCCAGGAGGAACGUUCACCCCAGGCCUCCGCUCCACCAAGGAGUUUUCGGAUGAGGCGGUGAACUUUGUGAGGGCGCACCCCCUCAUGUACCACUCUGUCUACCCCAUACACAAGCGGCCUCUGGUGGUGCGAACGGGGGUGGACUACCGCUUCACCUCCAUCGUGGUGGACCUGGUGGAUGCUGUGGACGGGAGGUAUGAGGUGCUCUUCCUGGGCACCGAUCGUGGGACAGUCCAAAAGGUGAUAGUACUUCCUAAAGACACUAGCACAACGGAAGAGCUCACGUUAGAGGAGGUGGAGGUGUUCAGGACUCCAGCUCCUAUUAAGACUAUGAAGCUCUCAUCAAAAAGGCAACAGCUGUAUGUGUCGUCAGAGAUGGGGCUUACCCAGGUGUCCCUGCACAGGUGUGGCGUCUAUGGGAAGGCCUGUUCAGACUGCUGCCUGGCCAGAGACCCUUACUGUGCCUGGGAUGGGGAGACCUGCUCUGCCUUUAGCCCCUCCACCAAGAGGCGGAGCAGAAGACAGGAUAUUAAGCAUGGAGACCCCUUGCGGCAGUGCAGAGGGUUCAAUGCAAAAGUUGAGAAGCGUCUCAGUGAAACAGUGCAGUUUGGGGUGGAGGGGAGUAGCACGUUCCUGGAGUGCCAACCCAGGUCUCCACAAGCGACAGUCAAAUGGCUCUACCAGAAACCAGACGGCAGGAGGAAAGUGCUGAGCCGAGACAGAGAGGUGCUGAAGACUGGUCACGGCAUCCUGCUUAAGUCUCUGAGCCAUGCCGACGGGGGGCUGUACAACUGCCUGGCCACCGAGAACAACUUCAAGCACACGGUGGCACGCGUGGCCCUCCGCAUCCUGGACCGGGAGAUUGUGGAGGCCCUCACCUCCCCGGACGGCCCCCCGGAGGACCAGAACCCUCAUCACCACCGACACCCCCACCACCACCCUCCGCCUCCACCACCCCCUCCUCACAACCUGCCCCCGCAGUUCUCCUCCCAGCCAGAGAUCCGCCUCAUCAACCAGUACUGUCAGUCCUACUGGCAGCAGCUCAACCUCAACCUGCCCACCAAACGCACCAGCAGGCGGCACACUGAGAGCCAGCCAGAGCCAGCCCCGGGGGCCCGGAGCCACUCCUAGACCCCAUCUCCCUCACUCUACUUCACUGGUACCCGGGCCACUGUGGCCCUGCACAAUGGUAACGGGCAGACUCACUCAUGUUGUUGUGAUUUUGUUGUUGUUGUUGUUGUUGUUUAUCUCACUCCCAUUUAGGGUUAGUCUCCAUGAGCCCAAUCCUAACUUUAGAUCUGUGCACAUAGCUCUGUGGUUUCUUGCAAAGUUGGUGUUACACACACGGAGUGUUUGGUCAUAUGAAUCUUUAGAUUAAUCUGCAAAUUAACUACCCUAUUCCGUCCAAGCUAGUAACCUGGUUAGUAACCUGUAACUAGUUAGUAAUUAGGAACCUGAAUAGAAUCCCUGUUCCCAUAAGCCCAGGUAUUAUCAAUUGGACCACUACUUAUGUUAUAUUAUAAACUGGGUGGUUCGAGCCUUGAAUGCUGAUUGGCUGACAUCCGUGGUAUAUCAGACCGUAUACCACAGGUAUGACAAAACAUGUAUU